UCAUUCCCUCUCACCCCCUCUUGGGUUUCCCGCUAUCGCGAAAAAGAUUUUUCUGCCCCAAAAUUCAAAGCGUCUAAUUCUAUGUCGAAAGAGAAAUUCUGAAACCUUAGACGAGCAGACAGACCGAUCCGGUGCGGAGCAGUCCAAGAAAAUGGGCGAUUUCUCUAAAACCAUCGACGUGGAGCGGCUGAUCUCGUACAGCGACGACCUCGGGCGGGUCCUGAAGGACAAGAGAGACAUCAACAACAUCACUCAGUGUCUCGAACACUCCAAAGCCUUCCGAUCAUCCUGCGACUAUGAUUUGAACGAGCUCCAGACCUCGCUUCAAGAUUAUCAGACAAACAUAGAUGUAUGCAAGAAGAAAACAGAGGAGGCAAAAUCUGAGGCUGCUGCAGAUGCAGAAAUCGAUCUUCUUCAGCAAGAAUUGGAAGAGGAAAUCAAGAAAGAACAUUUGCUUAUGGAAGAGCUUAGAAUUAUUAGCAACGAGAUUAAUGAUCUAGACGUCCAAAGGAUUUCUGUUCAAGAACGAAGGCAAACUUUGAAGAAACUUGAGCAGGAUGAGCUUAGGGAACAGAGGAUGCUUUCAUUGUACGCUUCUGUCACAAAUAUUAUUCCAAACUUGGAUGACAACUCCAGAAUUUCAGGCCAUAUUGUGGAUAGGGAUAAAAAAGUAGUUGAGAAGUUCGAAUUUGACCCGAGGAAGAUAGAUUCCCUUGAUGUAUGUAAUGGUAUUUGGAAAAUGAUAAGUUCAUGAUAGGUAAUUUUUCCUUUCAGAUGCAUGUGUAAUGUGGUGUGCUAAUUACUUGUCUGGUAUUCUAGGGUUUCUGCUUUUUUGCUUAUUCGAGGUGUAAUCUUUAGAUUGUCUGUGAUAAGUUACUGUAGAGCACAAUUUUCUGAUGUUUAUUUGUGGGGGUUUUUCUGGUGCCUGCAGGAGGUAUUUUAGUUUCUUUUUUAACUUUUGUUCUAUUCAAGAAACAUAAACGUUUUAUGGAAAAUGUAAUAUUCUAAUUAACAUUGUAAAUAAGAUUUAGAAUUAGCAUUAAGGCUA